AUGACGUCCCGGGAACGUAAUUGUGGGACGUACAAAGAAUGUCCCGAGGACAUCAUAGGGACAAUAGGGGAAAGUCUUCUAGACCUCUUCGGGACAUCACAGGGAUGUCUAGAGGACUUUCCCGCAUAUGCCGUCUUUAGUGUGCACUGCUCAGAGCCACAGAGCCGUCAGAAAAGGGGUUGGAUCAUUGACAGCUUUACUAUUGAGGAGGGGCACCCGGGGCCCUUCCCAUAUAUGUUGGGCAAGAUUAGCAUCGAGCGGAAAUAUCGUACGUAUUUUGACCUCUAUGGGGAGGGAGUAGAUGAGGAGCCAAAGGGAGUUCUCUCAAUAGAGAAAGACUCUGGCAUUGUCUUCAUACACAAAGCUAUGGACUACGAGGACAAGGAAAUGCUCAAGCUGAGAUUUGAGGCCAGGAAGAUGGACCUAUCACUGGAUACCAAAUUAGGGUUUGAGAUAAGAAUACUGGACAUCAAUGACAACCCACCGCGCUUUCAGAGAGACAUAUAUGAAAUCAGUAUAAAAGAGUCAGAAGCUCAAGGCUCCCACCUUGUGACUGUGUUGGCCAACGACAGAGACCAGGCAGGUUCGGCAAACUCAACUUUCCACUAUGAUAUCGUAUCUGUGUCUCCAAACCCACCAAAUGCUGAGUUCUUUAUUGAUGACUCUGGAGCCAUCUCAUUCAAGGGUUGUCUGGAUUAUGAGGUGGGUGAAAAGUAUACAGUGCUGGUGGAGGCCAAGGACGAUGGUGAUGUAGUCAGCCUGUCAAGUUCAACUUCUGUCUUCAUCCAUAUUGGGGAUGGAAACAAUCAUCCCCCAGCUAUUAGCUCACAAACAGGUGCUGGCAAAGUCAAAGAGGGUGAUACUGGUUUGUCUCCUCUCCGGCUACAUGUUACUGAUGGGGACGGCCCAAACAGCCCAGCAUGGAAAGUCAAAUACACCAUCCAGAACAAUGACGGAGGACACUUCAAAGUAUUCACAGACCCAGAUACCAAUGAUGGAAUCCUGACAGUAGUAAAAACUUUGGACUUUGAGGGGGCAGCAGAGAGAGAACUUCUCAUCUCAGUGGAGAAUGAGGUGCCAUAUUUCUCCUGUAAGGUGAAGGAAAGGACCUCUUCAGGCCUCUGGAUAGUUGACACGGGUACGGUUGUCUCAGGCAUGCCAAAGCCCAGCACUGUGAAAGUUGUCAUUCGCGUAGAGGAUAGAAACGAUCCACCAGUAUUCACUGUGGCUGUCAAGGAGGCCUUUGUGGAAGAAAAUGCAGAAGUAGGAACCCUGGUGGAGAAAGUCACUGCAAAAGAUCCUGACUCCUUUCAGCCAAGAGAUUUUGUGUAUAUGAUAGGUCAUGAUCCUGAUGGCUGGGUUAAAGUGGAUCCCCACACAGGACAAGUUACCACAGCCAAGAUCUUGGACAGAGAAUCUCCCUACAUGGUUAACAACAUCUACACUGUCAUAUUGCAUGCAGUGGAUGGUGAUGAGCCACCUAUGACCGGCUCAUCCACGCUGUUGAUACAUGUAAAGGACCAAAAUGAUAAUGCACCACAGCUGGCAGUGAACCACUUGCAUGUGUGUGUAUCUGACGACCCCACAACCAGCAACAUCACAGCCAUCGAUCUGGAUGACGAGCCCUAUGGAGGGCCCGUCAGAUUUGAAAUGCUGGGGGAUGUCACUGGAAAAUGGAGACUGUCUCCUUCUUAUGGUCAUGUGGUAAACCUAGUGAAGCAACCCAGCAUGUAUGCUGGCACACACACCGUUGAGUUGAAGGUCUCCAACAUACAAGGCCAUUUUGCAAUUCACAACCUCUCUGUGACAGCCUGCGACUGCUCUGUCAUGCCAAACUGCUGGGAGAGCAGGGCAACGGUCACCAACAUUGGCUACGAAGCCAUCGUCGUAGCGUUUGCCUCCUUGUUUUUACUCCUGUGUAAGAGCGAGUCACAGGAAUUCAGUCCAUUGCAAACUGACCUUACAGCUGGUGAAACUCUACUCUCCUCAAACACUGAGGCCCCAGGAAGAGACUGCCAGGUAAUGGACAGGAGUACAAUGGAUACAGGAGUACACAAAGAGAACUCCAACUACUAUGUAGCUAGCAAAGCUCUCCUGAGCCUGCUUCAUCAGAGACUUCUUUCUCUCUGCACCACAGAGGAUCUGGAUGAUGAUCAGCCUCAUCUGUAUGCUGAAGAGGGACACUUUGACACCCUCUCAGAACUGGAGCCCAUAUCCCUUCCUGAUGACUGCCUUGACCUCACCAUGCUAGAGGACCUAGGCUCCAAGUUCAGUCAGCUGGCUAGCAUUUGCAAACCACAUGUAGAACAUUAA